AUGGAAGCAAGUAAAACCAUGUCGUCUAGUAUUCCUGAUGUUGCAGAAACCCUAAUUGAAAGGAAAAAGGUUGUAGAUAUAAGAAAUUCUGAGGAAGAUAGCAGUUCAAAUGUAUCUUCACCUAAUGAAGAUGAUCAAGUAAAUGACAAGAGGCAGGAGGAUCAUCUAAAAUCAGCUAAAGCCAAAAUGGAUGCAGUUAGAGAAGACAAUGAAAGACUAAAACUGACUUUAUCUCAAAUCUUGAAGGAUUACCAUUCACUGAAAAUGCAUUUCCAUAGUACAGCUCCACAAGACGAGCCCACGCUACAAAAGAACAGGCCUACACAGACAGAAUUUUUUCAACAGGCAUCACUUCCGGAUUUACCAACGGAAGAAGAAUCUGAUCUCGUUUCUCUUAGCCUGGGGAGACUUUCAUCAGUUGUUGAGAAGAGGGAGGAGAAGAGGAAUAAUAGUGAGAAGAAUCAUGAGGAUCAUGGUAAACUUGAUGGACUUGAACUAGGGUUGGACUGCAAAUUUCAUUUAGGUUCUACUGAAGUCAUGAAGAAUCAAAGCCCAAAGCGUAGUUUUGAUGAGUCCAAGGAAGAUGAACAAAACGGUACAUGUACACCCAGUAAAAGCCUAAAGACUGCAAAAAGUGGAGAUGAUGAAAUUCUACAGCAGAACCCUUUGAAGAAACCUAGGGUUUCUAUAAGAGCCAGAUGCGACACCCAAUCGAUGAAUGAUGGAUGCCAAUGGAGAAAAUAUGGCCAAAAAAUAGCGAAAGGGAAUCCAUGUCCUCGGGCAUACUAUCGUUGCACAGUCUCUUCAUCUUGCCCGGUGAGGAAACAGGUGCAAAGAUGUGCACAAGACAUGUCCGUUUUGAUCACUACCUAUGAAGGAACGCACAACCAUCCGCUUUCAGGAAAAGCCAAGGCUGUGGCUUCAGCAACCUCUUCAGCUGCCACCAUGCUAAAGUCCGGCUCCUCCACCUCGCAACAAGGCAUUGGAGUGUCAGCCACCUCCUCUACUAGUACAAAUCUCACUGGAUUCAACUUCAAUUCCACAAAUAACUUAACCACAUCUCGGCCUUUCUAUUUCCCUCGAGCUUCCAUCUCAACUUCCCAAUCACACCCCACCGUUGUUCUUGACCUUACCACACCUAAUAUUAUCCCUCCUCACAAUAAACCAUCUUCAACGUUAUUUUCUGCGAUGUCGUCAUCUUCUUCGACAUGUCUCAACUUUUCAUCAACACCAUCCUCUUCGUCUCUCGACUCCAAAGCCAACACCCUAUAUGUACCGUGGAAUACCGAAUUCCAUAGCCGAUCAGGGACACUGUUCAACAACAGGAACCACGUAGAAGCAUCUUAUAAUAAUUCUCAAGCUUACAUCCAUAAUAAUGUCCAAACUUCUCCAGAAGUACAGAAUAUGCAUAUGACUGAUAAAAUUGCUGCUGCAACUAAGGCGGUUGCCCGUGAUCCAACUUUUCAAUCAGCAUUAGCAGCAGCCAUUACAUCAUUCAUUGGAAACUCAGGUGGUAAUACUCAAGAAAAUCAUGGAUCAGCAGAGAAUUUCGGACAGAUUUUUCAUCUAUAUUCUCCUCAACAAUCCACACGAGAUGGAAUUGGGUGUGCUACAAGCUAUGUAAACAAGCUUUCUCAACCAUUAAUUUCCCAACAGAAAAACUUGAAAUCAUUUCCUCCAUUGUCAUUUUCAAGGUCUAAAUCCACACCUAUGUCACUGGAUGAAGAGAGUGAAAAGUAA